AUGCCGUCCCCUCUCCAUCUCACCCGACUCGUCUGCCUCGUCGCGCUGUCCGCGUGUGUGCGGCGCGUUGUGGGCUUGGUCGCCGUCGGCAACAGCGGACGUCGGGCUCGGCAGUGUCGUUCGAUGUACGUAGGAGGACAGCUAUUUCAGUGUUCGCCUGGCUCGGAGAACUCACCGGCAUGGAAGGAGAGCGUCCUGGGGAUGCUGACGCGGGUGCUCCGGAGAAACGGCGCGGGCGGACGAGACGCGGCGUGCGCGCGCAGGCGGCAGACGAGCAACAGUCGAGGGACGCGGUGCCCUGCGCGCCUGCGUGCGCACAUAAACCGCGCGCUGCUGGGGGGGCGUCUGGCAUCGUGGUCCCCCGCCUCUUCCCUCUUCCUUCUUGCCUCUUCCCCACUCACCUCGCCUCCUGUGGUCCCCGCACUGUCGCCGGUCGUUGCUGCAUCUGCUGCGGUGGUGGGUGUGGGCGGGCUCGGCGUGUUGCUGCUCGACGUGUUCUCUCCUCUUGUCUGA